AUGGCAAGUGCAAAGUGUGAAUUAACUGACUCAAUGGCUUUUUUGCCACCAUUAAAAAAAGUUCCAGUAAAAUUUUUUAAAGAAGUUGAUGGUUUAGGAAAACUUGUUGGAACUGAUGAUUCCAUAGCAGGUGCAAUAAUAGAUUUACCAUUUUGGAUAGCCAAAAGACUUGCAAAAAGGCAAAUAGUAGGAAUUCAACGACCAAAAUUUCUUGAGGAUCAAAUUAUAAAUGCAUUAAUAGCUAAUCCAAUUGAUGUCAACCUACGUAUUAUAUGUCCACAAUUUUAUACUUUUGCAACAAAAUAUGUUGAACAAGCUAAUGAUGCUAGAUUUGCUGAAAAACUUAGACAGACACUAUUAACAAGUAAACUAGCAAGAAACGUAGAAAUAUGGGAUAGAGCUAAAAGAUUUGCAGAGGAUCAUAAUGAAUUUUUGGAAAAAUUAGAUGAUGAUGAACAAUCAUUGUUUCAUGAACAACGUGAAAGAUUUGAAGAAUGUUAUAUGGAAUUUUGUUAA